GUACCAGUAUAACAGAGAUGUUUCGACCGAAUAGUUGGUAGAUUUUUUGUAAGUUGUUUUCAGUGGAACACGAACGCGUUCAUUAUAGCGUGCCAAAGAGAUUCAAUCUCAUAAUGAUAUUAUACAGGAUGCGAUUUAUAUAGCUACGUAAAAUAUAGUACAGGAUUAUUACACUCAUGGUGAUUCACAAUUACAACUCCACAACCAAGAGAAUGAUACACCCAUACAAACGAACCGUGACUUGAUUGAAAACAGAAUACUUUGAAAACUGAACACUUUGGAUAACACUUUGGAUUGAUUGUUCGAAUGUGAACCCAUACCGUUCUUCUAGACUGCAUUCAACAGAACUUGACGUGAAUGGAAUUAUCGGCCAAGGUGGUCCAGCGGUCUUCUACCAUCGCCGCCGAUGGGGAUGCUGUUCCUACGCCGACGGACACCGGGUCCCCGUGCGAGGUCCGGAAAUCGGUUUCCAUGGAUGUCGGAGAGGCUGAGGCGACACGGACCACUCUCUCAGCAUUUAAAGGAUUCAAUCGCCGGUCCAUACGGCGGCGUUCGAGCAAACGUUUCGAGAGACCGGAGCCGACGUACGGACAAGACACGGAAUCGUACGAAUCGAUCCGUCAGCGCGUGUUUCAGGAACGUGCCGUCACUAACGCUAUCGACGCUCUCCAGGAACGCUGGAGAAUGCUGAUGUUCAUGUACAACGAUUGUGUGGAUUUAAAUGAAACAAGAAAGCAGAGAAAACUUACAAAACUGUGCAUUAUACGUCAGUUUGAGUUGACCAUAAUCGUGGUUUUAUUUCUUUUAAUGUGUUUGCCAAUAUUCAUUUUAGUGGCUAUAAUACUGAGAUAGCAGUGUGUGAAGACAAUAAAACUCUAGUGAG